AAACAAUCAAGCUAGUACCACCCCAGUGAAAAUGCCGCAAAGUGGCCCCUUUUGCGACAGUUGGGAGGCUAUUUAUGACAUGGCUUCCUUCCUUCAGGUAGACGCCGACGUGAGAAGUAAACAAAGACUUUGCUGUUUUACCGCAUAGAGCCAGUACGGCCAGUGGAGAGGAAGCAUCGAUGGAGCAGAAGCUGGCCGAGUUCAGAGCCAGGCGGCAGGCUGAGAAGAGUCAGACUACUGCUCCACAGAACAGAGAGCAAGAAGCAGCACCUACAAGUGCUCAAUGUGAGUCCACAGCUACAGCUCACAGUCUGCAGCCAGAGGACACAGAAAACACCCAACCUGCAAGUCAAAGCUCUCAAGGCAGGGACCGUAGAGACUGGCUGCUGGACAGUGCUCUGGGAAGGUGGCUGGCUUCGAGGCAGCUUGUCCUUUCAAAUCUUACUUUGCUCAAAGUGCUGCUGUGGCUGGUUCUGCUGGGUCUGUUUGUUGAACUCGAGUUUGGCCUCCCCUUCUUCGUCAUCUCUCUCUUCUACUGGCUCUACGAAGGACUCCGCAACCCAGCGCCCCGCAAGCCUGGAGAACUGAGCGCUUAUUCAGUCUUCAACCCAGACUGUCAGCCUCUGUUGGGCGCUCUCACUGCAGAGCAGCUGGAGGGAGAGAUGGGAUACAGACCUCUGGCUAACAGAUGAAGUGUUUGGGAUUUGCGCAUCAGAUAAUCAGAGAUAUUCUUCAUUUGACAAAUGCUAAUUUACUCAGGAAUUUGCUUUAAUUUAAGUUUUUUACUUGUGUAUAACACAGUAAAUUGGGAUUGCCUUAUUUACAGUUUUAUUCCUGUGUUUUUACUGGAAGCAUUUUAAUGGAACAGCUACCGAGGAGAACAUAAGGUGGUGGAGGAUGGAUAUGUCACAUCAGAUACAGUGGUCUAAUCAUCACCAUUACUUAGUAUAAAAAGUGAUGGAUUGAUAUGUCCAUAAAUGGUACUUAGGGUUCUAACGUUGGCUGAUUGUAUACACUAAAAGGAAGAGCGGCAAGCUGCUUUUAUUACAUGAUAAAAAUGUUUGCUAUAUAUUUAUGAUUUUCCAGGUUUAAUAAAUAUUUGUAAAGAGUGAAGCAGAA